CGAAUUUCACAAAUCACAUUUCUAGCUUUAGUCUACUCUGUUUGCUGGAAAUGGAUCUGAUUCCGGGUCUUCCCAAUGAAGUUGGACUUGAAUGUCUGAAUAGGGUUCCGUUUGAUCACUUUCCAGUUGCUACAUCUGUGUGUAGAAAAUGGAAGGACGAGAUUAUGAAGGCAGAAUUCAGGAACCGCCGGAAAGCUUCGGGUCGGACCCGACCUGUCAUUGCCAUGGCCCAAGCGAUGGUUGUUGGUUCAAGAAGCGGGCUCUCUCCUCCGAUUUACCGGCUAACGCUUUUGGAUCCCGUCAAAGGGUGUUGGUCCGAUCUGCCGCCGAUACCGGAGAUGGUCGAAGGGCUGCCGGUGUUCAGCCGAGUAGUCGGGGUCGGGCCGGAGCUCGCAGUGAUGGGUGGGUGUGACCCGGAGAGUUUCCGGGUCCUGAAUUCAGUUUUCAUCUACAGCUUCUUAACGGGGACCUGGCGGCGCGGCAAGGAUAUGCCGGGCGAGCAACGGCUAUUCUUCGGGUGCGCGGCGUCGGAGAGGGACGGUGUCGUGGUGGUCGCCGGCGGGCACGACGACGGCAAGAACGCCUUAAAAUCAACUCUGUCGUAUGACGUGGCCUCCGAUGUGUGGGCGCCGUUGCCGGACAUGUCAAGCGGCCGCGACGAAUGCGCGUGCUUCUUUUACCGGGGGAAGUGCCACGUCACUGGAGGGUACCACGUGGAGACACAAGGACGGUUCGAACGGACCGUCGAGACGUUAGACGCCGUCGCCGGCCGUUGGUGCGCAAAUGACGGAAUGGCAGACGCGGCGAAAAGUACGUUUCCUUCCGUAGGUUUUGUGGAGAUCGGCGGGAGAAUAUUCACGAGCCGGGAUGGUGACGUGGUGGCUUUUGAUGACGUGACGAGCCAAGUCAUCGGGAGGGUCCCGCGUGAAGUUUCUAAUGUGUCGUUUGUGACAGGGUGGCAUGGGCAGCUGAUGGUGACCGGAAAUGCCAAGUACGGGGAACCUCAAAAGGCUUAUGUGUUUGAACUCAAGAGCGGGCUAUGGAACAAAAUAGAAGUCCCCAAUGAGUAUUCCGGUCAUAUUCAGUCUGGCUUUUGUCUUGACCUCUAAAUUUUAAUACCUCCGUUAUUAUUAUGGUUAUUAUUACGUGAUAGCAUAUGAUUUUUGUUUAAUGAUAGCACAAAAUUUAAUGAUUUAUGCAUACGAACAGAAUAUUUAUUAUUCUCUCCGUCCGUAGAUUAUGAUUAUGAAAAAAUAAACAUGACAAUUGCGUCUCCCUUCGUUUAGGGUUUUGAGUUUCUCCGCUUCGUCUCCUUCAACGAAUAGCCGCAAUCCAAGUGUGCAGGCGUCACCGGGCUUCAGGUCGAGGCCAAGGGCACUUCUUCUUUGAUCGAGCAGGAUCGUUUGAGUAGACACGGUUGAAGGACAUUGUUAAUCAGAUUUCUCCCUUCCGCCAUUCUGUGUGGUUCAAUUCGCAAUCGAUGAGGGCGGCUUCCAAGACACCGAAUGUGAACAAGGUGAGGCAGGAGAGCAGCGGCGAACAAGAGGGCUAAUCCGGAAGGGUAGAUGCUCCGUCGGAGAUGGCUGGGUCGUGGGCGCGAUGGAUGGGAGACGGGGCAAGAGGAAUAUACUCUGGUUGAUGCUUCAAUCCAUUCCGCAUUAACUAUCAUAGAGAUGAUUCGGCCUUCUCCUGAGCCACCACACACUGGAAUUGUUAGGGUGCAUCUGAAUUUCCACUAUUUUAUUUUCUUUUUUGUUAUUUUCUUUGAUCGUUCUGGUUUGUUGUCAUUUAUUUUAAUUUUGAUCAAACUCUUACAUUAGAUUUGGGCGAUGAAAGGUCUAUUUUAACCGUGUUAGGCUCAUUUAGACCCACUAUAGGAUCAUCGAGCCAUGUUGUUUUUUACAAGGCGAUUGGCUCUAAGUCUGGUUCGAGGGUCGGCGGUUGGAAGUGGUCCUUUUAUCUUGUUCCCCUGCUGAAUGUUGUGAUAUCAAUUUAAGCCGACUUUUUCUAAAAAAAAUGAUUUAUGCACAACUCAUCCCACAAAAAGUUAUUGACGUGAAAAAAAAGUACUGAGAACCAAAAAAGGGAAAAUUUACCACUAAAAUGUUGUCAUUUUCUCAAAAAUUAAAAUAGGAUCCUCUAUUUUAAAAAUGCCACUAAUAGAACAUUUUAUUUCUGAUUGGACAAAAAUAGCUUCACCUGGAGCACCGCUACCCCCAAGCGUCGGACCAUCACUUGCCACUCUCCGCCGGAAUCUGCCACGGCCAGGGCCGAUCCUAAGAAUUUUUUGGUUUGAGCCGAACGGUAAAAAAAGAC